CAUGAAAGCUCGCCUCUGCUGGUAACGUUCGGGCCAAAUCCCGUUACUCACCCCGUCAUGGCGCCGCAAAAACGGAAACCUGACGACGACUUCAUCUACACUCUCUCCGACAACGAGGACGGCCCCGUCGCGGAUGAAGAGUUGCAGGCAGUCGCGCCUCCCAAGAAGAAGGCAAAGACAAGUAAGAAGAGCAAACCGACAAAGAAGGUCAAGAAGAAUGCGAAUCAAAUAGAAGAGGAUGAGGGCCUGGAGGAAGAAGCCCCAGAGGGUGUUUGGGGGCGCAAUGACGAGGAUGACGGCGCCAUGGACUCAGAUUUUGAGUUUGUCGCAGAAGACGGCGGCCUCGGCGAGGACGAGGAUUUCGAGGGAUGGGGCUUCGAUGGUGCCAGGAAGGGUAUCUCUUCGAACCGGAAAGGUGUUGAUAUCGACGACAUCAUCCGACGCAGAAGAGAGAAGAAGGACGGCAAGGGCGCGCAACCAGAUGCCGAGGAACUGGCCCGCGAUGCUGACCCCAGCGACGCCGAGGAUUCCGAGGUCGAGAACGGCAUGGAGGUCGAUCUGGAUGACGAUGCCGAUGAAGUGCUCGCCGACGAUGCUUUCGGCAUGAAUGCCGCUUGGGAGGAUGAGGAUGAAUCUGGUGGAGACAAGGGGGCCGAGGGCGAAGACGAUGAGGCCGCCUCGGAUAACGACUCAGUCGCCACACCGGUCGCACACCCUGAAGACAACGAGUCCGACGCCAGUGACCAAGAAGACCGGGAGGAGCAAGCCAAACGGGAUGCUUUCUUUGCGCCCGAGGAUAAGCAAAAGGCAGGUAAGACAGAUGUCUCCUCCUUCAUGGCGCUGUCGCUGUCCCGCCCCAUCCUGAAGGGACUGUCGGCCGUCGGCUUCUCCAAACCAACGCCCAUUCAAUCCAAAACGAUACCGAUCGCACUGCUGGGCAAAGAUCUCGUGGGUGGCGCUGUGACGGGUUCCGGCAAGACGGGCGCUUUCAUGAUCCCCAUCCUGGAGCGUCUCCUCUACCGCCCGAAUAAGGUGGCGACGACACGCGUUGUGGUCCUCACGCCGACUCGUGAAUUGGCGAUGCAGUGCUAUGCCGUGGCUACCAAACUGGCAUCUCACACCGACAUCAAGUUCACGCUGGCCGUCGGUGGUCUAAGCCUCAAGGUUCAGGAGGCGGAAUUGCGGCGCCGGCCCGACGUGGUCAUUGCUACUCCUGGUCGCUUCAUCGACCACAUGCGCAACUCGGCCAGCUUCAGCGUCGACACGGUCGAGAUUCUGGUGCUCGACGAGGCCGAUCGCAUGCUGGAAGAUGGAUUUGCGGAUGAGCUGAACGAGAUCCUCACGACGCUGCCCAAGUCGCGCCAGACGAUGCUCUUCUCCGCCACCAUGACGUCGACCGUCGACCGCCUCAUCCGUCUGGGCAUGAACAAGCCAGUGAGGCUGAUGGUGGACGCACAAAAGAAGACGGUGGGCACGCUGGUGCAGGAGUUUGUGCGGCUGCGCCCCGGCCGCGAAGAGAAGCGCAUGGGCUACCUUGUGCACCUCUGCAAAACGCUUUACACGGAGCGCGUCAUCAUAUUUUUCCGGCAAAAGAAAGAGGCACACAGGGCGCGCAUCAUUUUUGGCCUGUUGGACCUCUCCUGCGCUGAGUUGCACGGAAGCAUGAAUCAGACACAGCGAAUUGAAAGCGUCGAGUCGUUCCGUGAUGGCAAGGUGUCGUAUCUGCUGGCCACAGAUCUGGCGUCGCGCGGUCUCGACAUCAAGGGCGUCGACACGGUCAUCAACUACGAGGCGCCACAAUCCCUGGAGAUCUAUGUGCACCGCGUCGGCCGCACGGCCCGUGCGGGGCGCAAGGGUGUGGCGGUAACGCUCGCGGCCGAGACGGACCGCAAGGUGGUCAAGUCGGCAGUCAAGGCGGGCAAGGCGCAAGGUGCCAAGAUAACGAGUCGCGUGAUCUCGCCAGGCGACGCAGACAAGUGGCAAGGGCAGAUCGACGAGAUGGAGGAGGAGAUCGACGCCGUGAUGCAGGAAGAGAAGGAGGAGAAGCAGUUUGCGCAUGCGGAGAUGCAAGUGAAGAAGGGUGAGAACAUGAUGGAACACGAGGCCGAGAUCAAGGGGCGACCCAAGCGCACGUGGUUCGAGACGCAGCACGACAAGAAGAAGGCUAAGGAGGCGGGGCGGGAGGAGCUCAACGGCAUGCGGGAAACGAUGAAGAAGAAGGGCAGCGGGCGGCUGAGCAACAAGGACAAGAAGAGGCUGGACGCAAAAGCGGAUAGGACGGACGAGAAGCUGUGGAAGAAGGGCAAGAACGCGGCGGCGGCGGCGGCGGCGGGGCCCAAGGGAAGAGGCGGCGGCAAGAAGGCGGGCAAGGCGGGCAAACCCAAGGGCAAGGCAAGGCGAUGAUGAUGGCCCGGUGACAUGGGGAGGUUGCACGAUCGUGGGCGGGCGGCGUCGUGGGUGUAAAGGGGUGAGGCCGGCUAGGCGAUUAAGCCAUCUACUGUGCUGCUAAAGAGCCC